UUACCUAUUGUCCACUAGGUUUUAAGCCAAAAGCGAUGGGGCAGUUGGUGGCCUUCCCUCGUAAGUUGAACGAAGUUUUUCUAUACUUUUGCCUUCUCUAUAAUUCUACUAAUUUUUCUUCUAAAAAUCUUGGACUAACUUAGCUUCAUCAGAAAGGGAUCUCGAGUCUCGUAGUUAGUCUAUAAAUAGCUGAAAAUGGCAAAAUUCGAUAUUUAUGCCUUUAGAAAACAGAUUUACUUGGAAUAACCACCUUGGAAUAAUUAGUAGAAUUAUAUAGAAGGCAAAAGUAUAGAAAAACUUCGUCUCUGAGACUUCAGUUUUUCACUACUCAUAGUCCUGAUUUUUCUGGACAUAUUUUGUUACACAAACAUAUGCCUUGCUUUUGUACUUCAGGUAGCGUCCACAUCUUUUUUUCUGACUUUACUUAAAAAGUCCAUGUAUUUGUAUGGGCGUGUUCUAUUUAGGAAUAGAAAAUCCACGUCGUGCUCUAAUUUGGAACGGGAAAAAAGUUGAAGACGGAUAUACUCGCAAUAAUCCCACAAUAAGUGCACGAAAAAGUGAUCUUUUUCCGUGAAAAGUUAUAUGGUUCGAUUCGGCAGACUCUUCUGAGUAUUUCUAUAUAAAAUUUUGAAGGUUUCAUUGAACUUUGUAAGCAAAAAAAACUUUUUUCUUCAACUUGAUUGAAAAUCCCCAUGCCUCCAUGAAAAUUGUAUGGACGUGCCCUAUUUAGGAAUAGAAAAUGCACGGCGUGUUCUAAUUUGGAAUAGACAGGACUAACUACGAGACUCGAGAUCCCUUUCUGAUGAAGCUAAGUUACUCGAAGAUUUUUUUGAAAAUCUCCGAUUUCUGGCUAGAUACAAGAGGUUUUGCAAGCCGCAACAGAUUAGAAGCAUCCAGCUAGGUCCUCAGAGUCGAAAUACAUCUUGAGUAAUCUGUGGCGAUAAAAAAUUAGUGGAAUCUUUACUAGAUUCUGUAGAAAACGGUUGUGAGCAAGCGAAUCUUAAAUAUUUUUACAUAGAUCGAUAGCCCUGACUCUCUUCUACUCGGGAAACUGAAAAUAGUUUUUCCACGUUUAGAAAUAGCUUCAAAAAUUAGAAAAGAGUCAACUUGUAAUUUUUUGUGAUCUAAUUGCGACAAACGACUCUAUAUAUACAACGGAAAGAGAAUAAUAGAGACGUGUUUCUUUUACGUUCUCUUUUCCUUUGGUCAGCUGGGAAAGAAUGUAAAAUGUAAGAAAUUGUAAAUGCAUUUUCUUACAUUUCCCAUCUUUGUUCGAUGUCUAGCAUAGUGCUUUCAUUUCUUUCCGAUAUUUCGUUCGUAUGAACGAAAGAAGUGAAUCUAUUCCAAUGGAAACGAAAAUUAUUCUAAUUACACAAUGAUCUGAUGUUACUGUUAUGAACUGAAUUUUUUCUUUUUCUUCUUUUUCUGUCUGUCUUCGUGACAUGUUUUAGAAACCGGUAAGAUCGUAGUGACGUAUUCUUCCGCAACGAAAUUAACGUAUCUCGGGAAAAGACGAAAGAAACAAGCAGUUAGUUUUUUCAAACGAUAUUUCCUUCAUCCCAUCAUGUGAGCUCACUUCGUUGUCCUUCUUGUUUUUUCUAUCUUCAUCAUAACUUGUAUUUUACCUGAUUAAACUAUGGUAGGUCGCACUUCAUGCCUCGAACAAGUAGUAUAUAUUGAGUAUCAUAAAGACUCUCGUUUAUUUUCUGAAUAAUUCAUGUGAAAUCAAACUUGCUCUUUAGAUGGAACAAUUACCCAAUGAAAUUUUUCUUAACUACAUUUUUGUGUAUCUGAAAGGGUAUGAUAUUGUCUAUCCAUUUAAUAAUCUAACUUCUCGUUUCGAUCAACUCAUUUACCCUUAUACGUGUCAUUUAAAUAUAACUAUUCCAUAUGAUCUUAAUGAAUUAAAGCGAACUAUAUUACCAAGAAUUUGCAAGCAUAUUAGAUCACUUAAACUUGACGAUAAAGAACAUGGAUUAAUCAUCAAACAAAUGCAUCGAUUCCCGUUAUUGCAAUCAGUCACAAUAAUCAACGUCAUCGAUGGCAAGAUAUAUUCAAUAUCAUCAUUUCAACAUUUGUCGAGUUUAAAAAUGACUUUUAUGCUUACAAGUCAUAAUAUUAAUUGCGCUCAAAAUAUUUCACAAGAUAUUUGUAAAUAUAUAAUUCAAUCUCAACGUCAAAUUGAAAAAUUAUCAAUCAGAAACUUAACGUUUACACCAUACGAGAAUUCUAUGGGAUUGUCUACUAAUUUGAAAAAACUGACGGUCAGAGUGCGUGAUGUCUGUGAUAUGGUUACACUAGUGCAACAUGUACCGUCAAUUGAGUAUUUAAAUGUGAAGCUUGUUGUUCAAUUUGAUGCUAAACCAGCAAAGGCCGAGAAUAUACCGACAUAUAUUCAGUUAAUGCAAUUGAAGCGAUUUGUUUUUGAUUCAACUUUUCGCAAGCAUGUUACAGAUAUUGAAGAAGUACUAGGUGCAUUGAAUACAGCCAACGUUAAAUUAAAUGUCAAAAAAUGUGCAUUAGCCAAGAAGGAAUUGGACUAUUUAGGUUUUAGAAUUACGCAAAAUGGUAUUAAGCCCAUGACAGCGAAUGUACGUAAAACUAUUGAUUUUUCGACACCCAAAUCAGCAGAGGAUGCGUAUUCAUUUGUACAACUAGCUCAGUUUUAUCGCCGCUUCAUUCCACAAUUUGCCACAAUUGCAGCACCUCUGCAUGAAUUUAAGAAAAAUGAAUUUGGGAAGAAACGUCAUGGACCAACAAACGACUUUACCUGGACAACUGAAUGUCAAAUUGCAUUUGAGACACUAAAGUCAAAAUUAUCACAAUAUCCAUUAUUGACAUUUCCCGACGGACAUUCAAAGCUCCAAUUAAGUAUCGAUGCCAGAGACGUUGGGAUUGGUGGUGUGUUAAAUCAGAUUACAAAACACGGGAUUAGAUCAAUUACCUAUUUAUCCAGAUCAUUAACACCACAGGAGAAGAAAUAUUCAACAGUGGAAAAGGAGUGCCUGGCAAUAGUGUGGUGCAUUAAGAAAUUACACCCAUAUUUAUAUGAAGAGGACUUCACAGUAUUCACUGAUCACUACCCACUGUGUUGGCUCAAUAAACAAUCAUCACACAAUGGACGCUUAGAAAGAUAG